CACUAAAUAAAACGAAGUGCGCCGCGGAACGGAAAGUAAAUUAGGAGGAGAUAUUACGUACAUAUACUUGUGAACAUAUAAGUGCGUUUAUCGGAACCGGAUAAUAUUAGGCUGCGAUUAGGUGAGUUGGAAUGUAAAUAGUAAGGCGGCUAAGUUUACAGCUCUUGUGUUUGAUAAGGCGGGACACCUGUGCAUGUUGAGUCCAACAAAUCCUUAACUUUUUACGUAUGCAGCAUUUUGAACAUGUCGCCUGUGUGUAAUACACUUUAUAUAGAAGGCUGACACACAUGACGUGAAUGUUUUUCUGUGAAUCAUGAAGCGUGAGUUAUAAAAGCGACAUUUGUGAAUUGGACUGUGAGAAGUUUGCGAACUACGGAGUGGAGAACGUGUGAAAAAAAGGAAGGGAUUUAUCACGACUAGUUGGAAUACACCCCACCAUUCGCGAUCAUUUGCAUACCGGCUUUCCUCUGGCGUUCUAGCUUUCCAAGUGUAAGUUUACUUCGAGCUCUCGUCUCGACAGCUGCUCCAGCGGUACGGCCACAGACGAUGGACUUUGAAACCAGGAUUUACCCCCGAAUCGGUGGUUUUGGGCGAUACAACCGCAUUGUAGCGUUUUUCAGCUGGAUUCCAAACUUUGCUGUAGCGUUGAACCUUUUCUGCGAUAUCUUUUUCACGUUGAUUCCGGAGUCGUACCACUGCAAACCGGACCCUUCCCUGCUGCCCUCCGACUUUAUGCUAAGCAAUCUCUCCAAACAGGAGUACCUCAAUUUCACUAUUCCCUGGGUGAAGGGGUCUGGCUUGAGCCACUGCGAAUUGUACGAGUACCCCGCCAACUUCACCAAUUUUACAGAAACGCUUCCCAAAGAAGUUGUGCACUGUACAAGAGGAUGGGAAUACACGCACGAAGUGGGUCUUCAGAGCAACUAUGUAACCGAGUGGGACCUGGUGUGUGGAAACUACUGGAAGAUCCCUGUUCAGCACAUCUGCUUCAUGACAGGCUGGAUCCUGGGCUAUGUCCUGCUGGGCACUGCCUGUGACUGGCUUGGCAGAAGGCAGGGGUUCCUGCUCUCCGUUGCUCUCUCUGGCCUGCUGGGCGUGGCCGUCUGUCUGUCCAACAGCCCCACCGUGUUCCUGCUGCUUCGCCUUUCCCAGGGGGCCGUGCUCGCCGGCGUCUUCCUGUCCUCGUACAUCGCCCGUCUUGAGCUAUGUGACCCUUCUCACCGCCUCAUGAUUGCCAUGAUUGGUGGGUUCUUCGCCGUGUCUGCCGAGCUGUUGUUGCCAGGAUUGGCGUUGCUGUGCCGUGAUUGGCCCGUGCUGCAAGCUGUUGCCACCCUGCCCCUGCUUUUCCUGCUCUCCUAUUGGUGCUGUUCCUCCCUGUUUCCUGAGUCCCCUCGCUGGCUCCUGGCAACUGGUCAGAUCCUUCAAGCCAGGAAGUCUGUCCAGAGCUUCUCCACCAGAAACGGCGUGUGUCUGAACGAAGAGAUCUACCCUGCGGAGACCGUGCUGUCAGAGAUGGACGUGGCGUAUUCCGAGGACUCCCCACCCCGGUACCAUCACGUGCUGGAACUGCGCCACACGCGGGUCAUCUGGAGGAACUGCCUCAUCCUGGGGUUCACCCUGUUCAUCGGCACGGGGAUCCAGUACUGCUUCACCAGGAACCUGCACGCUUUCUCCGCGCGCUUCUACUUCGGCUACUUCCUGCGCGUGGGGACCGGCGCGGCGGCGUGCGUGCUGCUCUGCAUGUCCGUGGACCGCAUGGGCCGCCGGGGCGUCCUGCUGCUGUCGGCCAUCGUCACGGGCCUGUCCUCCCUGCUGCUGUUGGCCCUCACUCAGUCUGUGUGUAAUAAUUCUGUCCUGUGUUUAGCUGUAUGUAAUAAUGCUGUCCUGUGUGUAGCUGUAUGUAAUAAUGCUGCGUUUGCCUGUGCAUGCUGACUCUGUUCUGUUUCCAUGGUCACGUUCACGCUGUGCAGCGGUGGGUCUCUGGGGCUGAUCCUGGCGGCGGGCUGCGUGGGCAUGGCGGCCUCCUCGCUGAUGGAGCUCCAGAACAACGCGGGCUACUUCCUGCACCACGUGGUGUUCGCCUCCUUCGCCGUGCUCUCCGUCCUGUGCGUCAUGCUCCUGCCGGAGAGCAAGCGCAAGCCGCUGCCAGACUCGCUGAAGGACGGCGAGGGCCAGCGGCGGCCGCCGCUCUUCCUGUCCCGCGCCGAGCGCGAUGACCUCCCGCUGCUCCGCUCGCGCCCCCGGCCCUCCGAGUACAACCCCGACAGCUACUCCCGCCUGGUCGCCGCCACCAAGAAGAUGCUGGCCAAGGACACGGUGCCCUACAAGAUCGGCCUGCCUCCACAGUCCCCUCUGCUGGCCAGCAACGGGAGCGCGCACGGGUUGCUGGGUAGCCAGGGGAUACGCGAGGAGGACUCUUCUUAGGUCCUGGCCCCUUCCCAUCGCAACCCCUCUUCCCCUGGACGGGUCGCCCUCCCCUCUCCCCUCACCUGGAGAGCAAGCCAGGCGCAAAAUGCUGACCUGAAUGGACCUGAAUGAUGGGGGUUUUUUUGGGGGGGGGGGGGUGGGG